AUGUCCGUCUACGACGCCCACAACCACCUCCCUUCUCUCCCAUCCACCAACGACUUCUCCGGCCCGAACACGAACCUUGCCGACUUCUUGAGCUCACUGCCACCUUCUGACGACUCUCCGCUUGACACCACCUUGUAUCACUCUCGUUCUUGGCCCUCUCAUACUCUUCAAAACGCUGGCAUUCAUUCAAACAAUCAUAUCGACCCUUCGUAUAUGCUCCCUCAACAGGAGACCAUUGCUCUACAAAACGCGAACUCGCGUUUAGAGGCCCAGAACACCUCUGAAUUCUUAAAAUCUCUUGCUCGCCUCGCAUCUAUGUUUGCCUCAGCGCAAACCAGUCCCCUUACUACCCAGUCCUUGCCCACUACGACCCAGCCCACCUAUUCCUCCCCUUCAACUGUCUCCCCUGUCUCCACCAAAGAUGGCCCUCCCACCAAGCGGAUCAAGCUCGACACUCGAGCUCCGCAGGCUUCAACGCUAUCGGGCGUGGACUUCCCCAAGGUCCGUUGGUGGAAGCAGCGAACAUAUCAAGACUGGAUCGAGUCGCCAAAGAUUAUCGCUCGUGGCAUCAUCAACAGCCAGCUUCCCUUCCUGGAGACGGAGGAGGGGCAUCCCAUCUCGAAGGAGGAGAUGUCAAAGGUUACGAAAGUUUGCUGGAGGGUCUGGAAUACGCUGCAUCUCAAGAACGCGGCCCCGGACUCAUGGGGUGGGGCCUCGACUGAUGCCAUCAAGUUACUUAUAGGUGAACUCGGCGCUAAAUUCCCCUGGAUCCUCGCAUCAGAGGACAAUUGGAAGAUUGACCGUAUCUGCAUCCUCCGAUAUCCCUCCUUCAUGCAGAACAAACACGAACGGGAGAAGAAGGCAGCAGAGGUUGCCGCUGCUGCUGCCCAGGUGAAGCAAGAACCAACAGCUCCUCCCGCCCUCGAGGUUCGUCCAAUCUCAGCCCAAGACAAGGGCAAGCAGAAAGAUACCGGGGAUGCAUACGCAGAAGACUUCGCGCUCAACGCUGCCAAAGCCGCAGAGUUUGGAGCAGACGACGAUGACGCAGAGGACACGGACAGAAUGAGAUUGUCUGAUGGCCUGGUGUCGAUUCCCGAAGUCGGCAGCCCAUUUGCUCCCCGCUUGCCCUCUGUCGGCCCAAGCCAAGCGUCAGGCUCCCAUAUCAAACCAGCCUCUGGAUCCACCCGUGUUCCUACCUCAGCUCAACCUGUAUCAAAUCUCCCCGCUUCUUCUCCCGGUCGUCUCUCCAUUCCCAGCCCUAUCUCCACGAUUUCCUCUCCUGGAACCAUCUCCACGCCUGCCCCAAUUCAGGCUCCUGUUCCAGUCCCCAUACCCGCGACCGUCCUUGCGCCCACACCUGUGCCCACACCCACGCCCACACCUGCGCCCAUCCUCGCGCCCACUCCAGUCCCCGCACCCACGCCCAUUCUUGCGCCCACUCCAACUCUUGCUCCCACUGCCGUCCCCUCUCCGGCUCCCACUCCUGCUCCUAUCCCGGCUCCCACUCCCGCUUCUGCCGUUGCGCAAAGGACGACAGCGCCUAGGCUUACUCGGGCCAGCAAGACAGCAAGCACCGCCACCGCCCGCCUCAAGGCUAUGAAACCUGCAAAAGUGCACUCAGGCAAAACGCUGGCGCAGCACCUUUAUAUCAUCAAAAAGGGCCAACCCACUAUCGAGGUCUUCGAUCAAUGGUGGGAGGCUCUGGGCGAGAUCGGGCAAGAGAAGUACAAUGGCGACACUGAGAAGCUUAUCUCUGACAAAAUCUGGGUCAAUAACACCGCCGGUGUUAUUGCUACCAUCAUCGCUAGCUCGUUGUUCUAUGACACGUAA